AGAUAUUCAAUUAAAGAAUAUAAUAAACAUGGAGAAUCUCAAAGUGCACCUAUUGAACAGAUUCCUGGAAUGAGAGAUGAAUUGAAAGAUGUUCUUAAAAAUUACAGAAGAGAGGAUAUUUUUUUUAAUUUUGAGGAUUCAGGUCUUUAUUGGAAGAUGGAAUCAACAGUCCCCAUCAGGCUUAAAGUUAAAUAA